GUCAGAGUGGAACUUAGUACAGGGAAAUAGAUAUUAAAGUAAACACUUGUGAUUCUUAAAAAUAAACUAAGAGCUAAAAAAAAAAACAACAAAAUAACUUUAAUAAUACACUAACAUAGGGACAGGGUUUACUAGUCAGUUUGAUUAACAGAAGUUUCAGUGUUGUUAGUAGAAAGUAGUCAAUAACUGCGUAAAAUGAGUGUUCUACUUUGGCGGCAAAGAAUUUCGUUUGUUGAAUUCAUAAUGGUUAUUUUUAUACUAAGUGUUUGUAAGUGGUCAUCGCAGGAGUCAGCUGCUUGUGGACAGGGUGAGUGGAGCUGUAGAAAUAACCAAUGCAUAGAACAUACAUUAUUGUGUAAUGGCGAAGAAAAUUGCCAGGACAGAAGUGAUGAAUGGAACUGCACGAGAUGCUCGGACCAAGCGUGGACAUGCAGCAGUGGACAGUGUGUUCCUGGAAGCUACAGAUGUGACGGCAGAAAAGAUUGUCCAGACAACAGUGACGAGAGGAAUUGUAGCUCGUGCAGUAAAUACAGUUUCCAUUGCGAUAAUGAAAGUUGUCUACUAGACGUCAGAUUGUGUGAUCGAGUUUUUGACUGCCGAGACUCAAGCGACGAAACAAACUGUUCGCCCUGUCCAGCUGGCUACUGGUCAUGUGAGAGUGGACAGUGCAUAAAGAGUGGACUUCGGUGUGAUGGGGAACUGAAUUGUAAAGAUACGAGUGAUGAAAAAGAUUGCGACGAUUGUUCCGGCGUUAUCUGGAGAUGCAAUGACGGCCAUUGCGUACAAAAGAGUAUGAAGUGUGAUGGCAUUAUGGAUUGCAGGGACUCCAGCGAUGAACACAAUUGCACGCAAUGUGCUGCUGAGGCUUGGCUCUGCUCCGAUGGUAGAUGUAUUGACUUGGCUCAAAGAUGUGAUCACAGCGUGGACUGUGAUGAUACAAGCGAUGAAAUCAAUUGUACUGCCUGUCCACCUGAAGCUUGGAGAUGUUUGAGUGGUCAAUGUGUCUACGAGAGACAAAGAUGUGACGGGGAAGUGAAUUGUAAAGACAAAAGUGACGAGACCAGUUGUACUUCAUGUAACAUGGAGGCUAUGACAUGUAACGACGGACAAUGUAUUCCUUUCUUGAGCAGAUGUAAUGGUAAAGUUGAAUGCAGAGACAAAAGUGAUGAAGAGAAUUGCUCUAGCUGCUCAAUUACUGCUUGGCCAUGUAACAAUGGUCAGUGUAUCUCUUUGUCUGAGCUGUGUGAUGGUCAAGAACAAUGUCUGGACAAGAGUGACGAAAGCCAUUGUACCCGAUGCUCAGACACUGCCUGGCGAUGUAAGACUGGUCAGUGUGUGCCCAUUGGGAAGCGAUGUAACAAUGUAUAUGAUUGCCAGGAUCAAAGCGACGAAAUAAGCUGCGCUAUCAAUGUGUGUGGUCUAAUCAAAUCGGAUAUAGUCUUUGUUGUGGAGGAUCCAGUCAUUGGUGAAGUCAAAGAUUUUGUUCAGGACUUCUUACAAAUUGUUGACGCUAAUACACGAAACGUCCGGGCAGGAGCAGUCACGUACAAGACUGUCAAUCCUCGGCGCUUCCCACUCAGAGACUUUUCCAAACAAAAAGACAUCUUCGACGACCUUGACCGCGAGUUUUAUUUAUCAUUGGAAAUGAACAAAAUGGUGGAUGCACUCAAAGAAACGAGGGCGAUGUUUACUAAUGCUAGUGACGUUGUCAAAGUCGCUGUUCUCGUGGCAUAUUCUUCGUUCAACACGGAGGCUGAGAAAGUGUUAAAAGAAGCGAAGUUGGCAAAGGAUGCACUGAUCCAUAUAUACACUGUUGACGUCGGCUCGGCCAACUCAAAGUUACUGCAAGAUCUCGCCAGCGAGCCAAGAGAAAAAAACUCGUUUUCUGUUCCAUCUGUGUCGUCAUUGAAGGGACUGGCACCAAGUGUUGUUUCAAACUUGUGUGAAAGAAAACAAGUCACUCCGAAUGGAACUGAUUCAGCUACAACACAGUCAGUACAUAGCGUCAAGGAGACUUCUUCACUCAACAUAGCUACCAUCACACUCAGUGUUCUCCUGGCCGCCAUUUUCAUUGGAGGGCUGCUCGUUUGGGCUUGUAAACACAAACGAGUAUCACAUAAAGAAUCAAUGAAAGUCAUAUCAGAAAACUCGAGGUUAUCAUUUGAUGCCCCAGAGGAACACUACCAGGAGAUAGACCACUAUCAUUUUCUUCACUAUAACCAUGAAUUAGUUGGAGGCGACACUGAGUUAAAACAGCUUGACGCUCCUGUUGAAUACUAUCCCCUGGCCCAUGCCAAUGAUGACGUCAAUAAAUGUGCCCAAGACGAGAAGUAUGACACCAUUGGAGAUGACGUCAAUGAAAUAGAUCCACGAACUCGAUGGUCUACUCCAGUAGUAAGGGAAGCAACGAUUGUUAAGACAAUGAGAGUUAAAUCUGACGGACUCGUCUCCCCUAAUUUUGAUGCACUGACCAGGGACAUUGAGUACGUAACUCCGGUGCAUGUGGAGUAUAAAAUCAAUUUUACUCUGCCAGAGAAGAGUGGUACUAAUCAAGUCUUAGUAACAAGGAAACAAGAAGGAAAUGUGUAUGAUAACCUUAACAAGACAGACAAGACAGCAGGUCAAACAAACAAACAAGCCAAGAGGUCUCUUCCAAACCAUUAUACCUAAAUUACCUUUGUACAAGCACAAGAGGUUAACGCAUAGAGUUACCUUUUAGAGAAAUUCAUCACCCGCCAUUUUUACUUUUGCUAAACGCAGAAGUCCACUCAAUCAUGUUCUCAUGUUGAUAAACAUUCAUCGCUAUUGAAUUCUUAGCCUCGUUAUGAAAGCGCGGGAUAUUUUUAUUUUUUUUUGGUUAGUCGCCUGCCGUUUUGAAUGAACGCAUAAAUAUUUGUUUCUUGAACCCAUAAACUAGACAUAACGUUUGUCACGUGAUUCCCGUGAGUUCAUUAAACUGGAACGAGGCAUGUUAAAACUGUAUGUUCUUUAUAUGCAAGAGCAUAGAGAUCCCAGGGUUCCUCUGAAAUUGAAAACUCAAAAUCAUCAGGAGAGAAAUGUGCAAGACAAUUUGGAAGACAACGUUGGAAGACAAUCUUGCAAGACAACCUUGGAAGACAACCUUCGUAGACAACCUUGGAAGACAACCUUGGUAGACAACCUUGAACCUUGGUAGACAACCUUGGUAGACAACCUUGAAAGGCAACCUUGGAAGACAUCCUUGGUAGACAACCUUGGAAGACAAGCUUGGUAGACAAUCUUGGAAGACAACCUUGGUAGACAACCUUGGUGGACAACCUUGGUAGACAACCUUGGUAGACAACCUUGGAAGACAACCUUGGUAGACAACCUUGGUAGACAACCUUGUAAACGAUCAGCGUUGAGUGAGCCGAUGUUUGGUCAGACAGAUUGUUGGAACCAUUUCGUCUGUCCACUGAAGAGGCGGAUUAGACUAACUUACUAACUCACGAGCUAGCUUGUUGCAAUUUCUUUUUCCUCAGAUUCAUAAACACCAUUUGUAAAUGCCCAAUACACUUACGGAAUAACAGCCUCUAAAUACAUGAUCAAUGCACCAGUACGUGCUGCUUAGACAUGAAGUAGGGCACAAUAGAUACUCUGAGUGCCUAUAAAUCAUUUUUAUCUGUGGCUUGUAUUCAAUUAAACAUGGCAAUGAAAAUGUUCCUCUAUGCUUAAUGAUGAUCACAUAGCUUUACAGACAUAGCUUUAGGGACAUAGCUUUACAGACAUAACUUUACGGACAUAGCUUUACGGACAUAACUUUACAGACAUAGCUUUACGGACAUAAAUUUACAGACAUAACUUUACAAACUUUACAGAUAGAAUUUCACACUUAUAACUCUACAGUUCCUUUGAGAUGAUUAUUCAAGUUUGUUACGCUUAAUUUCUAUUGCUGUUUAUCUAGUUUCCUGUAAGUUAUAACA